CUCUCCAUAAAACAAUAUGUGCUACGGUUAUAUUUCCUUGCCAAUGAAGGCCUGUAUUUAUCAGCAUUCUUGUCUUCAACCGAGAAAUUACAUCUAUAGAAAAGACCACAAAAUUUAUUCACGACGUGUUCGGAGUGACCUAACCUUAGCCAUAAGUAACAAGAAAAAUUUCUCUGGUCUUCAAGUCUCUUUGCAUCGGGCGGCAUCGGGAUUUGACUAGAAACAACACGCGAAUUCUUUCUUUUCUAGACAUAAUGUCAAGCUCGCUGCUUCAGGUAGCCAUUUUCACCGCCGGGGCCAUCGUUGGCGGUGGUCUAACCGUCGCAGUCACAAGCAAAAGGACCCGCCCAACAGAAGCCAUCGUCUCGCCCGCCGUCUCGCCGCCCAUUGUCGACAUUGGGCCAUCCGGGCGCACAUCGAUUUCUGCUGUUGUAUCUGCUGCAUCCCUAGCGUCUCCAGUACUGAAAUACGGCAACCCUGGCCCCAUCGCAGACCCGAUAAUUCGGAAAGCCUACGUCGCUGCAUACGACCGCAGACUUCGUCACCCGGCAUGGACGGCGGAACAUUUGACACUCGCCUCCCUCGGUAAAUCGACUCUUGUCCCUUCGGAAUCUUCUGAAUCGGGCGACCGUUCCAAGUCCACGUUCAUUGAGGACGAGUCAAUACCUGUUCCUUUCCGUGCGCGUUUGCAGGAUUAUUUCAGAAGUGGAUAUGACCGUGGACAUAUGUGCGUAGCUUUGGUUAUACAUUCGAAUCUGGUGCUGACUAGGAUGAAAGGGUUCCCGCGGCCGACUGCGAAGUUCUCACAGGAAGCCAUGAACGAGACGUUUUACCUAUCAAAUAUCGCGCCUCAGGUCGGUGAUGGGUUCAAUCGGCACUACUGGGCGUACCUCGAAGAUUGGUGUCGUAGACUGGCCGGAAGUUUUGCUGACGUCUAUGUUUUCACCGUCCCUCUCUACUUGCCCCGGAAAGAUGCCGAUGGUAAAUGGCGCAUUACACACGAAGUUAUUGGUUCACCACCCAACGUUGCUGUACCGACUCAUUUCGCCAAAGUUGUUCUUACCUCAAGGCCAUCUUCUCCGAGCACUCCAGAUAUACUCGAAUUAUCAACAGGCGCAUUUAUGCUACCGAAUGCUGUCAUACCAGAUGAAGCACCGCUAGAAAGUUUUGUGGUGCCCGUUGAUGCUGUUGAACGCGCCGCUGGCUUGACUCUGUUCUCAGACGCCGUCAAAGCUUCCUCCAAACACAUCUGUCAAACUACAAAAUGCUCUGUGAUCGUCAGGCGCUUCGACGAUGCUAGAAAAAGGCCUGAGAUGCGAAGGGCCAUUUCCGCACCCCCAAAGUAGAACUCUGAAGG